AACAGAGCGCUCACACAUUUCCCUUAUCUUUUCUCCAUCUCCACUCGAUGGGGACUCUCACGAGCGUCGCUUUCGCAGCUGCGGUUAACAUCAGAUUCCGAUCGUUUCAUUGCAAUCUCCGGGAGAGUAUUAAAACACCAAUGCCCAAGGUUACGACAUCAUCGAGAGACAGACACUAUUUCUCUUGCACAAAGGAUUAUCAUACAUUUAGGGCUGUAAAUUGUUUAGGCAAUGAUCAAACCGGUAACAGAGAUGGAAAUGACGGAGAUGCCAAUUCGUCGGUUGCUAGAGAUUCAGCUUUAAAAACGGCAUCUCUUGAAGAAGAAGAAGAAGAAGAAGAAGAAGAAGAAGAAGAAGAAGAAGCAGACAAGAGAAGUAACAGUAGUAGUAGUAACGAGUUCGGUUCCGACAAGACUCCUUUUGUUUCUUCAAGGCGGUCCACUGAAUCACCUAUUGAUCCGAUAUACAGCAGCUUCCAAAUAGACUCUUUUAAGCUGAUGGAGCUUCUUGGACCUGAGAGAGUCGAUCCUGCAGAUGUCAAGUUAAUAAAGGACAACAUUUUCGGAUAUUCGACAUUCUGGGUGACUAAAGAAGAGCCGUUUGGGGACCUCGGCGAGGGUAUCCUCUUUCUUGGGAACUUGAGAGGUAAGAGGGAGGAUGUUUUUGCAAAACUUCAAAGAAAACUAACCGAGCUGGCUGGCGAUAAAUAUAAUUUGUUCAUGAUUGAGGAGCCUAAUUCGGAAGGACCAGAUCCGCGUGGCGGCGCCCGUGUUAGCUUUGGUUUGCUUCGUAAGGAGGUCUCGGAGCCAGGACCAACCACACUCUGGCAGUAUGUGAUUGCUUUAAUAUUGUUUCUUCUGACUAUUGGUUCCUCUGUGGAGCUAGGAAUUGCUUCUCAGAUUAACCGUUUACCUCCUGAGGUGGUAAAGUAUUUCACCGAUCCAAAUGCUGUUGAACCACCUGAUAUGGAGCUUCUGUAUCCGUUUGUAGACUCUGCAUUGCCUUUGGCGUAUGGUGUCUUGGGAAUUCUUUUGUUUCAUGAAUUAGGGCACUUUCUUGCUGCAGUUCCAAAGAAAGUAAAGCUUAGCAUUCCUUACUUCAUUCCAAACAUUACACUCGGUAGCUUUGGUGCAAUCACACAGUUUAAGUCAAUUCUUCCCGACCGGAGUACCAAAGUUGACAUUUCUCUUGCUGGUCCAUUCGCUGGAGCUGCACUCUCUGUUUCCAUGUUUGCUGUUGGUCUGUUCCUAUCUACUAGUCCGGAUGCAGCUAGCGAUCUGGUGCAGGUCCCAAGCAUGUUAUUCCAAGGUUCAUUACUUCUUGGACUCAUCAGCAGAGCAACUCUGGGAUACGCAGCUAUGCAUGCUGCAACAGUUUCAAUCCACCCGCUUGUUAUUGCUGGAUGGUGUGGUUUAACAACAACGGCUUUUAAUAUGCUUCCUAUUGGAUGUUUGGAUGGAGGAAGAGCUGUACAGGGCGCAUUUGGGAAAAAUGCACUUGUUACAUUUGGAUUGUCAACCUAUGUAAUGCUUGGACUUAGAGUGCUUGGCGGCCCCUUGGCACUUCCUUGGGGACUCUAUGUACUUAUCUGCCAGAGAACACCUGAGAAACCGUGUCUGAACGAUGUCACCGAGGUUGGAACAUGGAGAAAGGCACUUGUCGCGACUGCAAUUAUACUGGUGGUUUUGACACUCCUGCCUGUAUGGGAUGAACUCGCAGAAGAGGUAGGCAUAGGGCUUGUAAACACAUUUUGAUGUUGUAUGCCUUAUGUAUGUGAGCAGAUGUUGUAGUUAGGGCCAAUCAGUUGCAAAUUUUUGUUUUGGCAUUAUUUAGAUUGCCAGAUGUAAUGAGAGUCAUGUAUGUACACAGAAAGCUCAUGAAGAAAAAUUGUAUACUUCUGAAUUGUGGUUUUAAUCCACAUUUAUACAUAUAUAUGUAAUUACUUUA